AUGCCAAAACGGAAUCGAAUACCACCUCACGGCCGUUCGAAAAUUUCAACAUCUGUCAAUGAGUUGAGCGCCAAACCUCAGACCAGUGCUGGCAAGGAGAGACCGCAGUCUGCCACAUUGACCGACUCACAAAAAGAGGUACGGCCUUCAAGGAUAGGAUUUACCUUGAAAAUCAAGAGAGGCAGUGCCAAGCUAUUGUCUAGAUUGGGGCUAUGGAACUCGGUGGCCACUGAGGAUACUGAUGAUACAUCAAGUACUCCCCUGGAUAUCAACAGUUUCUGCUCUAGCACCGCAUAUCAGCACGACUCGGAACAUGUUAUAAUUCAGGACAGGUCAGACUGCUUUUACCCAUCGUCAGACGACUUCCCGACAAAGAUCGAGUUUCACGAACAACACACUGCGGUAUCAAGCACGGACGGAUCUGUUGCAGAGAGUUUUGAGUCGGCACAAGCGGCUUUCGAGAAUGAUUAUAACGUGGAAUCUGUCUUCGGUCAUAUAAGUCGUGGUCCCAUUUUGGCUCGCCGUCUAUCACAAAAGCUGUCCAUAUUCGGCCCGUCAACUGUGAUUCGCCGUACAAAGACCAGAUUCAGAUUAGGGAUUAUCCAUAUGGAAAGCUCCUGCCCCGUUUCUCCAGAUCAUAAGUGCAAUGGCUCGGCACAAGAGAGCGCCGAGUGGUCUACAGGUGUUUCACCUAUCUUUAGCCAGGCUGAAUAUCACAGCUCGUUAGAUGGACUCUCGACUUCACUUAUGCUAUCGGGUUCUAACCGCGAAAGCUCUGCUCAGAGACUAUGGUCUGGGUCCAGCAGAUCCGCUCCAUCAAUCCAGUCGAUUGCCAAAACAAAAGUUAGACCUUCCAUAGUCACGGUUGAAACAGCCGCGGUGGCUAAAGUCUUCUUCGAAACACAUUUCAAUGAGAUUUAUUCACCCCAGGAUGGUCGCAAGCAGAGGUUUCGAGAGCUUCAAGCGCACCUAUGUGCACUCCCAUUUACCAAUGAAGAGCGAUUCGCGGUGCAGAAGGCGUGGGCAGCCCAAGAAAGUGAAUAUUUGCGUCAAACUCGAGUUCUCAAGUCUCGGUCAAAUCGUGCACAUGACCGGGAAGCUGUAUCCUUUGCGGGCUACGAAGUGAUUCGGGUUCUUGGUCAGGGAAGCUUUGGGACUGUCCAAUUGGUGAAGGAAAAGACUGUUGAUCAGGAAUUGCCGCGGAGGAAAAAUGCCAAGCUUCAAACCUCUGUUGACAAAUGUCAAGAUAGUGAACAUGGCUCGCGGGUUACGCCGAAAAGCAGCCUUGUAUCAGACGGAUAUGGUCAGGGAAAAAACGCCCAGAAACCAAACGGGGACCGCGUAUAUGCAAUGAAGGUCAUACGCAAGGCGGAGAUGGUACGUCUCGGUCAAGAAGGUCAUAUACGUGCCGAAAGAGAAAUUUUAACUGCAUCUGAGAGGUCGAAAUGGAUCGUCCCUCUUAUUGCCAGUUUUCAAGAUGCUGUUAAUUUAUAUCUCGUCAUGGAAUACGAAGUAGGUGGCGACUUCUUCGGGCUACUUGUACGUCAAGGUGUGCUCUCGGAGGGUGAUACCAUAUGGUAUGUGGCUGAAAUGAUUCUCUGUGUUGAGGAAGCUCAUCGUCUUGGUUGGAUUCAUCGUGAUGUGAAGCCGGAAAACUUCUUGAUUUCUGCUUCUGGACAUUUGAAACUUGCCGACUUUGGUCUCGCUUUCGAUGGUCAUUGGUCACAUAACCAAGCAUAUUUCCAUAACCAUCGGUAUUCUCUGCUCUCAAAACUAGGAAUCGACAUUCAGGGUGAUACUGAAGAUCGAGCCAAGAGUCAAGAACAACGGAACUCAGAGUCUAGUCUACUUCGAAAGAGCGGUUUGGAUGCAAGUCAAAACCAAACUGAGGAACCCGUGCUUGAUUGGCGUGAUCGAAAAGAGAGAAGGCGAUUUGCUCGAAGUAUUGUUGGCACAAGCCAGUACAUGGCGCCCGAAAUCAUAGCCGGAGAGCCUUAUGAUGGUAGGUGCGAUUACUGGAGCAUUGGGAUUAUUUUGUACGAGUGCUUGUACGGGAUGACCCCUUUUUACUGCGAAGACAGAGAAGAAACCAAGAGGCGCAUUCGUGAUCAUAGAUUCACACUAUCCUUUCCGCAGGAACGGCUCAGUGAUAUCAUCAUAUCGUAUCACGCGAUCGACCUAAUUCAACGUUUACUGCAAAGGAAAGAGUUCCGAUUAUCUAGCAGAGCAUACAAAAUCAACGACUGCGCUCUAUGGCACGGUUUGCAGAGUCCUGUCUAUGCCACCUCGUCAGAUCCACGGAAUACUCACUGGAAAGGAAGCCACGUCUAUAGUGAUGACGCAGCUGAUAUUAAAGCACAUCGAUGGUUCCGCGAUCAUUCCUGGAAUGAUAUGCUUCUUCGUCGUCCACCUUAUGUACCUGAUGAAAGAAGUUGGGAGCAAAUCAAGUUCGUCGAUGAAGCAACCCUAGAAAUGAUCACUGCCCAAGAGAAGCAGCAGCUUAUAGAUGCCCCUUUAACGCCCAAUCCUGAUGUUUCGACCCCUGAUCUUCAGAACAUUGCCGAGCUGAAUGCCUUGAAGAAGGAAAUCGAUGAUCACGCAAACAAGAAACGAAAGCACAAGGAGAAGAAAAGAGCCCGUGAUAAGAUUCUCCGAGAUGCAGUUGUUGGACCUACGGCGCUAGAUCUUCGAACGAGGGGGGCAUUUUUGGGUUAUACCUGGCGUCGACCGAAAUCCGUCAGGGAAGUUCUCGGAAUAGAACGCGGCAGAAGUCUAGUCUAUUGAAUGAUCCUGCUUCGCUGAGUUGGGCUUUACGGUUGUGGAAACACAUCAUACAUUCAUUUCUCAUUGCA